AUGCGUAACAAGAGUUUGGAGACCAGACUUGAUUCCGCAAUUGGAUUUAAUUCUCGCUCAUCAUUUGGUCAAUCUGACCAGGGAAGGAUCGAGGAAAAUAAAUACAUAUUAUUUGUUUAAAUAUUUAUUACAAAUGUGGGAUAUUAUGGGUUAUUAAAAUAAAUAAUGAAUUUUGAAAUUCUUGGGCUUCUUUCAUAAUUGCCAUCUAAGAAAUAUGUGAGGAAACUAUUCGAAUAUGCUUAUUUAUUUAGAAACAAACUCAACUCAUUUUAAGAAUAUAUGGAAACACCUGUAAGUGCUUCAUUGCCUUAAGAUUUAUAAAUAUCCGAGAAAUAAGCUCAUACUCUCAUUAUAGGAUUGGUAAAGCUUUUAGAAAAUGCAGAAUUGCUAUAAUGGAAUGAGUAGGCAAUUUUGUAGCUCUUUCCUUCUAAUUUUGAUUAGUAAUUAGCUAAAUUGUUAACAGAUUCUAUACUUUAGAUCUCUGAAUGUAAGAUAUUUCUUAAACUCUUAAUAGUGUGUGAUAAGAUUACAAAUCGAGAAAUAUGUUAGGCAGAUUCGCUGAUUGAUAUUGAUUGGAGAGUGGAUAUAUAAAUUUAGACGCAUAAUUAAUAGAAGGUAUUGUUCUAUAUAAAUAAUUAAUAGGUUAAUAUGCCUGUGUUAUUCUUAUAAUUGGAGACUUUAAAUACCUAAAAAAAUACAAAGGAAAAUGUGACAUUUCAGCUUAACUAAAAUGAAGUUAAUAAUUUUCACAACAAUCUGUGUAAAAUAAAAGAAUAAUUAUAAACUUUGGCUUAGUGA